AUGGAGUCAAAGACGCCUUUGUUUUUGUACUUCAUGGUCCCUAACCACCCCGAAGUGAAGCAGUACACGGACCUGCUAUGCCACCAGGUGGAUCAGGCGAAUCGCCGCCUCAAGGGCGACAACUUUGGCGAACUCUAUCAGGAAUUCGGAAAGGACGCAGGGCUGGCAAUCAAACUGGGCAUGGUGGACUGCCUACAGGAACCGGGGCUAAUGGCCAAGUUUCACAUUGAUCCACGGAUGUUUCCAUUCAUCUACUUUGUGCGUAACAAGGUGUUCUGCGACAAGUUGGUCGGCAUUGUCUCCGAGUCGCAUAUCAAAGAGGCUGUGGAGGCCUUCAUCGACUACGCAAAGCAGGAGUCCAAGAACGAGUCCGAGGGGAGGUCCUUAUUUCAGCAGGUGAAGCGGCAGGACAACGACGAGGAGAACGCCAUGACUCUCAUCGCCGCGGCCCACAGCAAGAUGCAGGCCGGCGAGCCCGCCAAAGGCAAACAGCUGUUUGAGAAGGCCCUCCGCAUGUCACUCGAGGACAUCGAGAUCGUGAAGCAGCGCUACGGUGUACCACACAAAAAGAUGACGCCCGAACUGUGGGCAAAGCUGAAGCGUGAGCCCUGCUACAACUCGGCGCCAGAGGCUCUGUGCGGGCUUGCGAUGUGCGCCAUGGCGUCCAAGCAGCGAGACGAGGCGUUCCGCCUCGCUGCACAGGUGCGCGAGGAGUUUCCGUUUGCGCCACAGGACAUGCGCAGCGUCGCGGAGGCCGUUGUGCGCAUCGAGCUCAUUCAGCUCGUCGACUACGACCCCGACACGGACAACUACAUGCGACUUCUCAAGUUCGACGAGCUGGUGAACGAGCCCGCUCAGUUCUACAGGCAUCAUCUGAAGCGUGCUGUCGCUUUUUACGUUGAGGGCGUGGCUGGACAGGCAAUUGAGGAGUGCCUUCGUCUUAUCCGCGCGGAACCGAAGCUGCUUGCCGCUCUCAAGGAGAACGGGAUCGUACCCAAGGACCUCCGGCUAGGACCAGUCGCAGUCACACCUGCGCGGCAGGUCCUUCAAGGCAUCUUUGAGGCGCUGGGUCCAACCAACGAGCACGUGCAGAAGGGUCGCAAGCUGCUUCAGUUGUAUGUCUAG